CGGGUUAGAUGUUUUCUUGUUUUGGCUCUGCAGCCUCUCAGGUUAGUUUCUCCUUCAGUCAACAACAGUUCAUCGGUGUUUCCAGCCGUCAUGUCUCGGGGGUCGAGUGCAGGGUUUGACCGCCACAUCACCAUCUUCUCCCCGGAGGGAAGACUCUACCAAGUCGAGUACGCCUUCAAAGCCAUCAACCAGGGAGGACUGACCUCUGUAGCAGUCAGAGGGAAGGACUGUGUUGUGAUCGUCACACAAAAGAAAGUUCCGGACAAGCUGUUGGACUCCUUGACGGUCACACAUCUGUACAAAAUCACAGAGAGCAUUGGCUGUGUUAUGACUGGAAUGACAGCUGAUAGCAGGUCUCAGGUGCAGAGGGCCCGGUAUGAAGCGGCUAACUGGACGUAUAAAUACGGCUAUGAGAUCCCUGUGGACAUGUUGUGCAAACGCAUGGCGGACAUCUCCCAAGUCUACACGCAGAAUGCUGAGAUGAGGCCGCUAGGCUGCUGUAUGAUAGUGGUCGGGCUGGAUGAGGAGUUGGGUCCGCAGCUGUAUAAGUGUGAUCCGGCCGGCUACUACUGUGGCUUUAAGGCCACGGCAGCUGGAGUCAAACAGACCGAGGCCACCAGCUUCCUCGAGAAGAAAGUCAAGAAGAAACUGGAUUGGACCUAUGAGCAGACCAUAGAGACGGCUAUCUCAUGUAUGUCAAGCGUUCUGUCCAUCGACUUCAAGCCCUCGGAGCUGGAGGUUGGAGUAAUCACUACAAAAGAGUCGAGAUUCAAGAUUCUGUCAGAGGCUGAGAUCGAUGUCCACCUGGUGGCUUUGUCUGAGAGAGAGUGAGGAAAGCCAGCAGCCGUUUUUCUGCUGACUCUGAAAAGGAUGAACAGCAACAACAGAAACCUCCCAACCCCCCUCAUCUUCUGUACUAAGGCCUCGUCCUAGAAGGAAGAUAAAGGAGGAGUUGGUAUCAUCUUGUUCGGAACAGUAAAGAACAACACAGUCCUUAUUACCAGGCUGGGGAGAAUAUGUUACCCACCUACAUUGGCACUAACCCCUCCUCCAUCCUCUCUGGUCAUAGCCAGGACCUGACUGGAACCAAUAUUAUCGACCCCUCUUUUUAUUUCCCUCCCAGCUGUACUGCAGGCAGCUGCCAAAUGUCACAGAGACAUUCAAAUCAGUCCACUAUAUGAUCCAUCAGUCCGACAUGCCCCUUUGGGUAGAGCUCAGCCCAAAUGACGUCAUUAAAUGGGUGUGUCAUGAGCAGAUUGGAAGAAAGGGAUGUGGUAUCACAACAACUACAGCACAAUACCUCUUCAUACAUCUAACAAUCCUAAUUACUCAGGGCUGCCACAACGUUUAUCUCCCCCAUUUUGUAACUGACUUCAACGUCUCCCGUCUCCAUCUUCUCUAGUUUCAGGAUGAUGUUUACACUCUGGUGUACUCGGGGAACAGCUGUGGGAAUUCUCCCAUCACAGACAGUAAUUAUUGUCACACCCUUGUUUAGGUCUGCUCAGGUCAACCGGAAGUCACUGAUUCUAUCAUCCUCUCCCCUGUGUCUGGAUCCUCCCCUCACCCCUCUGCUGCCACUGCUGUACAUUACUGCACUUCUAUUAAACACAAUGUUUUUA